GAUCCACACUUGUGAAGCCGUAGUCAACUUCAGUUCCUCUGCUGCUUACUGUGGGUUUACAGUAAGUUUUGUGUAUUGGAAGUACAAUCUUCUUUCUUAGCAAGAAGUCUUUUCAUUUUAUUUUACUUUUCUAUUUCAUCUCAAUACGAGAACAUCGAUUGUUCGAAAUUGUUCGAACCAAAUUACAGUACUUCUCCAACUCAGUAAAUAUGGAUACAUUCGCGUAUCCUCAACAGAUUGAUGAUUUGCCUACGCUUCUCGGAGAAGGGAAGACUUCAAUGAAGACCUUCUCAAAUGGUAGUGUUGUUGAUGCUCACUUCUCUUGCUUCCUCAAACUGAAGUGAACUCGUUCCUUGUACCUGUGUGUUGAGUGAGGAACAGAACGGAAGGAGAUGGCAGCUGCGAUCAUCCCGCAGACUUUGCCGGUCGGAUACAGAUUCCAUCCGACCGACGAGGAGUUCGUCGAUCAUUACCUGAUGAACCGAGUCCAAGGAUACGUAGACCGUCCCUGCAUAAUUCCCGAUAUCGACAUCUGCAGCUGGGAUCCUUGGGAAUUACCAGACAAGUUCCAUGGUGCAUCAAUGAUCGGCCUGGAUGACCAAGUUCAAGAGUGGUGGUUCUUCUGUCCGUAUACACCCCAACAGGUUAAACGAUCGACUCCAUCUGGCUAUUGGAAGAAGACCGGUGCCGACCGGAACGUCAAGGCCAGAAAUACCAGCAGAGUAAUCGGUACGAAGAAAACGCUAGUCUUCCACCGAGGUCGAGGCACUAAGGGCGUAAAGACCAACUGGGUCAUCCAUGAGUAUCAUCUACUCACAAUUGAUUCAAAUAGAACUUAUGUUCUGUGUCGCUUAAAGCAUAAGCGAGAUGAGAAGGCUGAUAAUUCAACCCCAGAAUCAGCGCGUGGAACCAUUACGCUGGCAGAUUUCGAUUUGGAUCUUCACGAACCUGAGCAUGAGGGCUCAUUUCCUGAGCCUUUGGUCCAAGCAAAGAUGAAGUCACUGAUGGAGCACUUACAUCAGCCUGAAAACCGAGCUGAAUUUAAUUCGGCUGACCUCCUGCGGCUGCUUCAGCCUGCGAAUAAUAGCUUCCCCACCAUCGUACAUCAGCGUGCAAAUAUUGAGAGCCCAUCUGUUAUGGACAUAUCGUUGGACAAUGGUCUUACUGAUGAAUCUAAUCAAUUAACAUUUGGAGCAAGCGAAGAGGAUGAAGACGUUGGUGACAUGCAAAAUGCAGAUCUUCCCUAUGACGACUUCUUCGACGGAUACAUGCAAACAGAGUAUGGCCAAACUUCUAACUCGCACAAUCAUCCUGUUCUAAUGAAUCGGCGAGCACAAACAACCGAAUCAGUCCACGGUUUUGUUCCUCUUGAGGAAAAGAAAGGCAUGGUGGAGAAUAAGUUCAACAGCUCACCUGCCGCCUCUGAGAAACCUAAGCUGCGCCCUGUACCUGAGGCCCCUCACAGACCCAUGGCACCUCCCAUACGACCUGCAAGUGUGAAACGCUAUGGCAAAGAUGAAGAGCCAAGGUUCGAAAAGGUCAAGAAGGAAACUGCAGCCGUAAAUAUCAAACCGGAAUGCAUAUCCUUGGAUGAAACAGCAUCCAGAGCAAAGGUACUAGGAUACAAAGAGCACGGUUCAGCUGGUAAUUCAGUCAAGAAGACAAGCAGCAAGGAGACCGAACAUGCUGGAGAAAUAUCAAAUUCAGUGGCUGCACCGACCGGCACAACCAGCGAGAGCACAGAAAGUUACACAAAUCAUCCACUGCCUAAUCUUGUGAACGUGCUUGUCGGGAUUUUCCUGUUGCUCGCCAUCACUUCCCAAGUACUUGAUUUCUGAUUUUCACCGCUAUUUUUCCCCUAGUGUGACGCGGCAUGAUUGACAAGUACAACUAGUAGAAGAGGGUUUUGUAUGCCAUGUCGCAUUUCAUGCGCGUAACUUGUCUUCCUUGAUGCUAAUGCUUUGCACUUCUUUUCGCCUUGGUGGGAAUGGAAGAACUCACUAGAUGUGUGAUUGCUCUGAAAUUUACUGUCUUCGGUCUCUGCUGUAUAUAAUGCGAAGAAUCACAAAGUUGCCACAGCGAUGUUUCCUUUAAAA